AUUCAUUCCUCAAUUAUCUCUUCUUCUGUGAAUGUAUCUGUAUAUAUAUGUAUACCUUUAUCUGUAGUUGAGCAAGAACAAUCUUUCAACAGUGUCUGUAAUUUGCUGUAGUUUGAUUGUAAACUUUGGGUGGUGUAUUUCCACACAAAAUUUAGCUAAAAUGUCCAACGAGAUUGGGGGAGGUACGAGUGAAGAUCCUUCUUUGGAGAAGCUGAGAACCCUCCAAGUCACUGAUUUGGAGGAGCUGAGAACCCUCCAAAUCACUCCCAUUGAUGUGGAAGAAGACGACGAAUCUCAAAUUAACGGUGAUGGUGAUACAUUCGACGAUGAAGACGAAGACGAAUAUGAAGAACAAGUACCUGUAACGCUAGGGUUUGUGGAAAAGCCCAGGAAUCGGUGGUCGCUUCUUCGUCAAUUAUUUCCAAGCAAGGCUGGGGGAGUUCCUGCUUGGUUGGAUCCGAUUAAUUUGCCCUCUGGAAGAUCUUGUCACUGUGAAAUUUGCGGCGAGCCUUUGCAGUUUUUGCUUCAGGUUUAUGCACCCCUCUCUGAGAAGGAACCUACAUUUCAUCGCACAUUAUUUGUAUUCAUGUGUCUAUCGAUGACUUGUCUUCUCCAAGAUCAACAUGAGCAAUGGAAACGGCAACCAGAGAAGGCAUCUCGCAGUGUGAAGGUUUUUCGCAGUCAGCUGGCUCGCUUGAAUCCUUUUUACUCGAGUGAACCCCCAAAACAUGAUGGAACUGACAAACCUUCUGGCAUUGGAGCUGCACUGUGUAGUUGGUGUGGUACCUGGAAAGGAGAUAAAGUUUGUAGUAGCUGUAGAAGAGCACGUUAUUGCUCGAAGAAACAUCAGGCUAUGCACUGGAGAUCAGGUCAUAAAAUUGAAUGUCAACAGUUGAACAGUUAUCCUCAAUCAUCUAACACUAGCCCUACCAACAAUUCAGUAGAGACACAAAAAGUUGCAAGCAACACCAUAUGGCCCGAAUACGAGAUCAUAAAUGAGGACGAAUGUGAAUUUGACACAGAGAUGUCUGAAGAUAGUAAGUAUUCUAAUUCAUUGGUUUCUGGGAGCCGAAUGGAUGAAUCAGUCAAGUCAUUGUUGGACAACUUUGAGGGGGACAGUGACAAGAAGAGUUGGGCCUCCUUCCAAGAGUGUAUAGCCAGGGGCCCUGAGCAAGUGUUGAGGUAUUGUAGGUAUGAAAGUGCUAAACCCUUAUGGCCUAUGUCCAGUGGCCAGCCAUCCAAGACUGAUAUUCCUAAAUGCAAUUACUGUGGCGGCUCUCGAGCGUUUGAAUUUCAAAUUUUGCCACAGUUGCUUUACUACUUUGGUGUGAAAAAUGAUGUGGAUUCUCUUGAUUGGGCAACUAUUGUUGUCUAUACAUGUGAAGCUUCUUGUGAGGAAAACAAUGGACCUUACAAGGAGGAAUUUUGUUGGGUUCAGCUUGCUUCUCAAUCUGUUGCUGUACCUUGACGACACAUGAGAUUGUGACAAAUUCAACAUCCAUCUCAAUUUUGAUUGAAAACUUCUCAUUUUUCCAACUUGUUCUCCCGUUGGGGGCUUAUGGAGUUGGGAUAAACAUAAAUCCUUUUUGUUUUUUUUCCUUUUGUUGUAUACAAAUUCAACGUCUGUCUCAGUUUUGAUUGAAUGCUUUUUGUUUUUCCAACUUGUUCUCCGAGUUGGGGCUUGUGGAGUUGGGAUAAAGAUUUUUAUUUUAUUUUAUUGUCAUUUAUAUUGCAAUUUUCUGUGACUUGUGAAAAGUUGUCACAAAUGAGGCAAUUCUUUUGCAUUAUUCCUAAUCUAGUGUAUAUAUUAGAUGGUCA